CGUUGCUGCCGCCGCCACCGCCUGGUUGAAGCACUAUGGAGGGAGCUUCGGCCAAGCGCUGGUACUUCACCCGGGAACAGCUGGAAAAGAGUCCGUCCCGUCGCGCUGGCAUCGACCCGGACAAAGAACUCUAUUGCCGGCAGCAAGCAGCCAAUCUGCUUCAGGACAUGGGGCAGCGUCUCAACGUCUCCCAACUGACCAUCAACACUGCCAUUGUGUACAUGCACCGAUUCUACAUGGUCCAGUCUUUUACACAGUUCCAUCGGAAUAGUGUUGCACCAGCAGCCCUUUUUCUGGCAGCUAAAGUAGAGGAACAACCACGAAAACUAGAACAUGUAAUCAAGGUAGCUCAUGCUUGCCUCCACCCUCUAGAUGCACUUCCUGACACUCGAAGUGAGGCUUACCUGCAACAAGUCCAAGACCUGGUCAUUCUAGAGAGCAUAAUACUGCAGACCCUGGGCUUUGAAAUAACAAUUGACCACCCACACACACAUGUGGUAAAGUGCACACAACUUGUUCGAGCAAGCAAGGACUUGGCACAAACCUCCUACUUCAUGGCAACCAACAGCCUGCACUUGACCACAUUUAGCCUGCAGUAUACACCUCCUGUGGUGGCUUGUGUCUGCAUUCACCUGGCCUGUAAGUGGUCCAACUGGGAGAUCCCAGUCUCCAGUGAUGGGAAACACUGGUGGGAGUAUGUGGAUGUCACAGUAACCCUGGAGCUCCUCGAUGAACUGACUCAUGAAUUCCUACAGAUCCUUGAGAAAACCCCUAACAGGCUCAAGCGCAUUCGGAAUUGGAGGGCUUGCCAGGCUGCCAAGAAAUCUAAAUCAGGUGACCCAGGAGAAGAUGACUCCCUUUCAGAACAGGCAAUACUCAGCAUGAUCUCCAGGAGCUCUUCAGAUAUGAACAUUGCAGGCUUAAUGAGUAUGUCAACUUCUAACACAACUAGCACCGUGCCUUCUCUCCCAGCCAAGGAGAAGUCCCCCAGUGAUUUAAGCAGCAUGGAGAUGUUGCAGGCUGACCACUGGCUGCCUUCACAGCAUUCCCUCAAGCUGGAAUCUACUCAGGGUCAUCGGACUAAUGAGCAUCUAGCACUUAUGGGAGCUGACCAUUCUUUGCAACAGGACGCAGCUGCCUUUGUUUCUCAGAAGCCGAGCAGCAAAAGCACACCGGCUGCAAAGGUGUCUCUGAAGGAGUACCGAGCUAAGCAUGCUGAGGAACUGGCUGCUCAGAAGCGACAGCUGGAGAACAUGGAGGCCAAUGUGAAAUCACAGUAUGCGUAUGCUGCCCAGAAUCUCUUGGCUCAGCAAGAGAGCCACUCCUCCUCUGUCAUUCUGAAAAUUCCCGUGGAAAGCUCUGAAAACCCAGACCGCCUUAGUCUGGAAAAGGCAGACAAAGCAGCCCUCAAAAUGCGAAUCCCCAUGGUGGGCGGAGGGGAUAAAGCCCUUUCAGCAAAACCAGAGGAGAUAAAAAUGCGUAUUAAAGUUCACACAGCAACUGAUAAACACAGCUCUGUGGAUGAGUUUGGGGCAAAGACCCGGGAGCACAAGGAGAAGCACAAGGUCCACACAUCUAAUCAUCACCACCAUCACCACAAUCACCACUCACACAAACACUCCCACUCCCAACUCCCAGUUGGUGCUGGGAACAAGCGACUGGGUGACUCAAAACAUAGCAGCCAGUCAAGCAUCCUGGCCCAUAAAGCCUACAACUUGUCUGGCUCCUCUUCCUCUUCUAGUUCAGCCCGUAAAAGGCCCCUUCCCGAGGAGUCUGGAGUAAUGUAUGAGCACCCUGCCAAAAUUGGCAAGACCUCUAAAUCAUCCUCUGUCACUUUCUCCUUCCCUCCUCUCCCUGCGAUGACACAGUUGCCUGGGCAUAGCUCAGAAACAAGCAGCCUCUCCUUCUCCCGAGCCCCUCAUGUGAAAUCGGACAAAGGCUCCACCGGAGCAAAUGGACACAGCACAGCCCAGACGAUAGACUAUCAAGACACUGUUAACAUGCUCCAUUCGCUGCUUAGUGCCCAGGGCAUGCAGCCCACGCAGCCCUCUGCUUACGAGUUUGUUCACUCUUACGGGGAAUACCUGAAUGCACGAGCUAGUGGGGUCCCUUCCAGAGCAGGCAAUUUAGACAAGCCCCGACCACCUCCUCUACCGUCAGAACCUCCCCCACCACUCCCACCCCUCCCUAAGUAAAUGAAAAAAAAAAGAGGCCCUUUUUUAACUACUGAGUCUGGACUAAGAAAAUUACUUUCUGUAUAUGAGAUUUUUGUCACCCUCCUUGGGCCAGGGAAGGGAGGGUAUAGAGGGUAGGAUACUGUUAUAUCCACUGCCUCAGAAAUAGCUAUUUUAUUAUAGUUUUUCCUGGUCGUAGAGAAGUGAGAAUUCCUUAAAGCUGUGAAGGAUUGAAAACACUUCCUCUGUUCUUUGCUCCUGUGUCUCCUAGCUGGGCAGUUGGUGUUGGUGGUUCCCCCCUUCCCGGCUCCCAUAUUUUCCGGUCAGGACUAAAAAGUGCAACUUUUCUUUCAAACAAAAAGCAAGUUGUGGAACUAUUGGGGUUUUAAUAUAUCAAAAGAGGAAGUAUUUAAACAUGUCAUAAAAUCUUUUAAAAAGUAAUUUAAAAAUAAGUUAUCCGUUAAGUUUUUUUAUAUAUAUACAUAUAUAUAAUUGGGGAAGGGUUGUGAGUCUUGCUGGGUUGAUGACAAACAGCAUUGACUUGAGGGAGAGAAGUUAGGGGGUGGGUGGACAGGGAGAAGGCUAGCAGCCUAGUCCUAGGCGCAGAGACAGGCCCUGGGCAAUUUGAAGUGUGGAGACCUUUUGGUUUGUGUGUGUGCAUUUAUUUUUCUUUUCUAUGUAUAUUUUUUAAAAUCAUGUUUCACCUCACCUUAACCUUCCUUUCUCUCAAGCAGUUAUUACUGUAGGGAAUAUAGCAUGUCUCAAAGCUUUUAACAGGAAGGGAGGAGAGAUGUGUGGAUUUUGUUUAGUAUUUUCCCUUUUGUGUAUGAUGUAAUAGAUGGUAGAAUGUGAACAGUUAUGUAUGGCAGCCGCUCUCUAAAUUCUAGUCAAAGCCUUCUCAGCAAUCCAUUCAUUGUCAUAACUUUGCAGGUUCUAUUUUAAAACUUAUUUUUAUUCGCCUCCAUUUUAAGUCUUUGUGAAGUAAAUUAUAAAGGUUUGGGGUAUGGGGGGGAUGGAACAAGUUGAUCUUUUGUACAGAAUUGUUUUUUCAAGUUAGGUCUUGAAAAGCUUCCAUAUAUGAACAUUUUCAUCAUUUUCUGUGGAAGCUGGAAUAAAUCAGUAAGUACCAUGUUCUAGCCAGCAAAAUCCAGUCCUUAUAUGUUAAUCUGGGGUCUGUGAGAGAGAACACUGGAAGAUAUUAAAAACAAUGAAAUUGUGAUUUGGAAUUUAGAAAACUAUGUUUUAAACUGUAUUAUGAAUGUGAGAUUUGCUUUUCAUCUGGUUUGUUAAAAGGAAAUAGCUUCUUCCCAGAAUGCAUGUUGAAUGAACUUCUGAAAAUGGGGUCAGUGUAUUAAUUGAGCCAAAUGGGUACUAUUUGGGUGUGAUUACUUAGAUAAACCAGCAUGUGCCAUGGGCACAGUCAUGCUCAGCUUAUCCAUCAAUGCAGGUUUUAUUCAGGGUCUCUGGCUCCAGGAAUUCUGGAAGGAACUUGUCAGAAAACUUAAAAAAAUUAAAAGGUGGUUUUAAAAAAAAAAAUUCCUACUGACCCUGAAGCUUCAUGUUUCAAAAGUGAACAUAUUUGGUGAAGAGGAAAAUCUUAUGGUUUGCAAGUAGCUUAUUAAGAACCCAAAGCCAAAUUCCAGCAAGUAUCUUCCUAACCUAUACAUUUUUGCAGUGAUUAGUCACAUUAAAUUUUCAUACCCUGCUGGAGAGCUGUCUAACCAAAAGUGCAAUGUAGAUUUUCAUUGUAUCUUGAGAAAUAGUCUUGGAUUUUUAAAUGUAGCAUCCUUCACACCAAAUAUUCUUAAGGAAGAAUUUUUGUUUUCACUGAAGCAGGCAAGGGGGACAGGAAUUGAUAUAUAACCCUAGUAAGGAGGCUUACAAAUCCAAGGAAUCUUGUAGGGAAUGAUUUGUCUGGUCCAAGUUUGGAGUCAGUUGGUGAAGACUUGAUAUAAUGAUUAGAAAAUAUGGAGAGAGAAACACUGACCCAGUAGAAGAAAUUUCAGGAAUGAGUCCCAACUGAAGAAAUUAGACUGAAAAAGACUGCUAUGGAAUUUCUUGGGCUGUUUCUCUGUGCCUGUUUAAAUUUUGCUUGCUCUAUAUUGUGCAAAAUGAGGAACUCUGAGGACCUGUAAACUGGUAAAGCUUCUCAACUUGACUGGCACUUGGUGGCUUUUUGGUUUUGUUGUGUUUUCUGUGUGGUGUUAAGCUGUUGGUAAACCAACAAUUCAAUGAUUAAACUUAGAAUUUUACAUACAGAUACACAACUACACACCAUCUCUGGGAAUUCAGAUUGUGUUGCUUAUGAGGUUUUUGCCCAUUAUUUAUUUAAACUUUGUUUAUUUAGAAGUUUCUUUCUGUUCUCUAUUGGCUUUGUUUUUGAGGGUUUUUUUGGAGGGUCGGAAUUGGGGAGAAUGCUCCCCUUCUUAACCUUCCCAAAAGGACAUUUACCAUCUGGUCAGCAUCUGCAGCUUUGGUAGGUGGUGUUGAUCACUGAAUUAAUUUUGCAAGUGAAUGUUUGUGCUAGGCCCUUUUUUUUUUUUAUCAGACUUCCAUGCUCAGUGCCACUCUAGAGGUACCUAUCCAUACCAGCCUGCUAGCACUACACCAUGGUAAUACUAUUGUGACUUCUUUGAUAAGGACUAAACUGAGACAAAGUAUCUAGGGAAGGCCAUAGACAUAUCCUUCCUUCUGCCUUAAACUGUAUUAUCUUGGCUGUAUACUAAUUAUACUGCUCAUACAGGCCAUUCUAGAGCUGUCUCUGGUUUUAUAAGUAUUAGUGCCUGCUGGGUCCUGACUUCAGUGAGAGCUGCCUGCAGCACUUGCUUGCAGAUCUAUGCAAUAGCCCAAGUUCAUCUCAUGUGAACCACAACACACCCCCUGCAUUCAUUGCCUUAACUCCUCCUCUGUCCCUUAACCCACAGAGAAUGGACUGAGGAGUUGUAAAUCCAAAAUUACUUGGAUGUUUGAGGUUUUUUUUAUUUGCCUGAGAUUUUUAAAGAUUAUGAGUAUCAGUGAAUAAGAUCUGAAGCAUGGGUAUACCAAAUCUUCUGACUCUCAAAGUGAUUCAAUUCACUCCGUCUUGACAGUGAGAAGAAAUUAUCCCACCAGAUCUCAGUGCUGCUAUAAUAGCAGCUACGAGGAAAAAUAUUCAUCUUAAAGCUACUUUAUGAACUAACAUCCUAGGAAAAAGCUUUUUAUGGUCUCUGGGUGUAGAAGACACUUUGGAGAUUUAUUUUACUCUUCCUGCUUAGUCAUCAAUAUGUUUUCUUUAGAGAACUCUUGCCAUUCUUCAAUUACAUAUAACUUUCCUUUUUGUGAGGUGAGCUGGCAUAGUUUUUGUGACUUCUGAGUUUUAGUUUAGUACAUCUUUUUGAGUUUAUAUUCCUGGUUAACCAGUGCUGAAAUCUGAUCAUUAAUGAAAAAGGGUAGAAGCUUAACAAUUAGCCUUCUAUUAAAUGCUGCAGAUUAAGAUACUGAGAUAAAAAUCAUGAUAACAUCUCUUAUGGUGUCUAAGCUUAACUAGCUUAAAUUAGAAAUUCUUGACUCCUUUAACAACCCUUACUCCAGGGCAUGGAAUUAGAGGUGGCAUCCCUAUCAUAGUAUAUCUAGAUUUAAAUGCAACAAUGUUUUAUCUCUCAGAAACUGAUUCAUCCUUCUUUUUGCUGGCACUUUUGAUAUUUAUAGUAGGAAAGGGAGACUUCUUAGGGUGGGUUACAAAUGUUCUUCAGGGCAUGGGGGGAUUUAUGGUCUAUGCAAUCCAUCAGUGGUGAGAAAGACACACUGGUUCCACUGAGCUGUCAGUGACUUUGAUACCUCCUGAAAUCUCAUGUAACUGCUUUUUAACACCAAGUUUUCAAAUGUUUGGUCCUGAUGUUAAGAAAAUAUUCAUGUUGCACCACACCAUUAAUUUUUAUUUUGUCCUUGUGCCCCUCUCUGGACCUGAAUUUCAAACAAGCUUUGUACUGUAAUUCUCCAUGAUAUGUAGUAAGGCUUGGGGUGAGAGUGGGGGUAGUUUUUAAGUGAAAGAGUCCCUCCAUUUUAAUAUUUUUCCUAACUAUUUAAUAUAAACUUGGAAUUGGGGAGGGUAGGGAAGAGAGGGAAAGAAUAAGAGAAUAAUGUUUACUAAAAAAACCAGUGUCCAUUCCCUUCCCCUUUGUGAGUGGGUUAACCACAGUUGACUGAAAUGUCAGAAAAGACUGACUCAGGUUUUAUAUUGCCAUGUUGUGCAUGGAGAGGGAUGCUUGACAGCAUGUGAAAGCUAUAUUGAUUAAUUGAUGCCAGAGCAAAUAUAUGCUUCUCCAGAUAUUUGGGUACUUUUUUGGUGGAAAACUACAGAACUGACUGGUUAGUGAUUGACGUAUACUGGAAUUGUUUGGGGAGAAGUGAUAGUUUGUUUCACGUUCCAGACUAAAGACUGCAACAGCCUGACACUAAGUUUCUGGAUUUGAAACUGUUCUUUCCCAGAUUCAUCCUGACUGAACACCCCCAUAUCAGACCAAAGAAUACCAAAAAACAAAAACAGCACCCUCCACCACCUCUCCUCCCCCCCGCCCCAACACUUUACUGAUCUUUGUCACUCAGGUACUACUUUGUGGUAAGACAUUUAUGUGUUUUCUUUAUACAGUUCCCAAGAGCCCUUUCUACAGCAUAUGCAUUUGCCCACCUAGGGGUACAUCAGUUGGGAUGUUAUCCCUUGUAUCUCUUCUGCUGGUAUGUGGUUGAUAGGACAAGAAUGACCAUUACAGUAAGGGCUGUUUGUACAAAAAUUUUUUUUUAAUUGUAUACGUUUUAUAGUCUGGCUAUCAGUUGUUUGAUAACUUGCUGUCAGGUAUGUUUCUCUAUAUGUAUUUAUCCACCACAUCAAUAAAUGCUAAAGGUAAAGGAGUAA